GAAGGUUCAUAGCUGAAAUGUCCAGUGGGCAAGCAAAAGUAAAUCUUCAUGCUCAGUUCAAAGGACGACUGCAGCUGAGCCCUGACUUCUAUCUAACUGUGAGGGAGCUGAGACUGGAGGACAGUGGGGAGUAUCAGCGUGUAGGAAUGAAGGAAGAUGGUUCACAGAUUCCCGCAUAUAAAAUCCAGCUGCAGGUUAAUGAGCCCAUAACAUCAGUGUGGAUACAGCCAGAAUACACCUGGGAUCCAGAGAACCACACCUGCGCAGUGCGUUUGGUGUGCAACUCAUCAGGAGGCCUAAGACCCUCUUACACCUGGAGGAUGAGGGAUCAGACAGAGAGCAGCUCCAGGCUGCAUUUCUUUCUUUCACCAACAGAGGGCAAUGUCACCAUCACCUGCACUGCUGCUAAUGCUGCCAGUCAGAUGUCCCGCAAUCAUACAGUGAGGUGCAUCCCCACAGGUGAUCAAACCACAG